AUGGACGGCAGAUUGUUUGAGGCAGCUCGAACAGGCAGCGUCAGUGCGUUGCACCAAUUACUUGCUGAAAACCCAUUGGUUCUAGCUGAUUCUGCUCUCAUAUCUCCUCAUGAGAACCCGUUACACGUUGCUACUAAGGCCGGACAGCUUGCUUUUGUAAAAGAAAUGAUUAAACAGAAGGCUGAUCUAGUUAGUCAAGAGAACCAAGAUGGGUUUCGGCCACUGGACAUUGCUUCAGUUCUUGGGCAUGUCGAAAUUGUGGAAGAAAUCAUAAUGACUUGCCAUCCUGAUGUUUGUCGUCUCAAGGGGACGCAUGGAAGAACAUGUAUUCAUCAUGCUGCUAUAAAUGGAAGGGUUGAGAUUAUUGAUAAAUUGCUUACCUCUUGUGGUGACUCUGUUAAAGAUCUGACAUCUCUCGGCGAAACUGCUCUUCAUCUGGCUUUGAAAAACCAUAAACUUGAAGCUUUUACAAACUUGGUCAAAUGGCUGGAAAAGCUUGGCUUAGAAGAGCUCGUGAAUUGGGGUGAUAGAGAUGGAAACACAGUAUUGCACCUGGCAGUGUGUAGGAAACAACUCGAGAUUGUUGAGCUUCUGCUUGGCAGCGGCAAUAUCAGCAACAUUCUGGAACUGAACGCCAGGAACUCGAGGGGUUUCACUGCAAUGGAUUUGUUAGAUAUAGUGAUAGAGAAUUCCAAUGAAGUUCGGCUAAAGGAAAUCCUCCAACGUGCGGGUGGGCUUGGUGUACAAACUCCUGAUCACACUCUCAUUAAUACUCAGAUUCAUCCGGAGCCUGCUCCAGUAGUUUUUGAAGAUUGGAUUAAUUAUUUUAAAUUUAAAAUUGGAAGGGAUAAACCAGGUGAUGCUCGCGAUGCACUGUUAGUUGUGGCUGCACUUAUUGCGACAGUUACUUACCAAGCUGCGGUGGACCCUCCAAAUAGCAUUUUUCCGGAUAAAACCCCAGCGAAUUCCCUACUCGUAGUACCAGCGAGGGUUUUCUCAUUUGGGAAUACAUUGGGCUUUUCUACAUCAAUGGUCAUGAUAGAUUAUCUGACAGGCGGAUUCCCGUUCAACAGAGAGCUUCAACUUUGUAUUUUCGCAAUGGCGUUCUCUUAUGGUAUGGCAAUUACAUCUAUUACACCUAACGAUGCCAUACAGUACACCACACUGUUCACUGCCCUUCUUCUACCUUAUGUGCUACAGAAGCUACCAAGAGGGGUUAGGAAACGCUGGCAACGCCCACCCUCUUAA